GUACAACAAGAGCAUGAAGAUCAGCUACAACGCAGUAACAAUACAACUUCCACGACCGCUACCGCUGAUAACAAGAAGAACGACACCACUAGCCGCAUUCGUGUUAUUGCCACAAAGAGGAAGGAGAGCAACAUCAUCAUCAACAGCUGCACAUACACAAGAAGCCGCGGAACCAGUGCACUUGUUUUUCUAGGAAUACUACUUCAACAGACGACACACGCCGCAACUGUAUUUCGCUUCUAGUUGUAGUACUAAGUACUUCAGACGGACCCCGAC